AUGGCGAUGAUAUGGGCUUCCAUGGGGUUAACGUCGAUCCUGCUGUCCAACAUCGCGUCCAUGCUCAUCUCGUUUAAGUUGUACCGCGACUGGGACAUCCGGGUGUCCAGUGUUCGAUGGUUAUUCCUCACGCUCUUCGUUUAUCUAUGGCUCUACACAGUGGGACGUGCAAGCUAUUAUCUCUGGGUCGUCAUGCUCCCAAUCAAAGAAUUCGUAGACGGCAACAACGCCGUACCGUACACAAGCAAGCAACUAGACCAGCUAGGAAUCUACGCCACGACAGAUCUCGAGGCUGCGCGAAGGUUAUUCCCGACUACGAUUCUGUGUUUCUGUGACGUCAUGCACUUCGCUGUGGCCUUCUGGGUGUUGCCACUGAUCUACGAACUGUCGAAAAUCGCUGCAAAGUCCAUGGACAGAGGCACCGCCAAGGAACAGGCCAAAAUUCGGAUGUAUAUUAUCGUGGGCCAUGGCCUUAUUACUUGCUUUGUGGUCGCAGUGGUCGUCUUGAGUAUUAUCGGAGGUGGGUACUCAAGUUAUACCUAUCGAUUAGCGCUGUGCAUCUACGUCAUGCAGAUCAUCACGCUCGUGUACAUGGGAGUGGUACUCUUCCUCCUCAAGUGCAAAGGUCGACAUGUUGAGUCAAUCAACGGCCAGUUCAAAGCCUCACCGGUCUACAAGCGGUUAAAGUGGAUCAUGCUUGCGUACGCGCUCUUUGCGCUCCAGUACGAGGCCACGUCGCUCUUCACGUAUGUGUACACACCUCGUGACGAGGCGACAUUGAGUUAUAUUGGCCUCAGUCAAGUGAUGUACAACGCUACGGGUCUUGCGUUGGCGUUGUGUACAGGCUGCAGUAUACCGUGUACAUUGAGACUCUGCGGCUGUUGCAUUCCCGAUGAGAUGCUCGUCCAACUUGUGGUAGAGUCCAACCGAGACGAGAUUCCGUGCAUUUACGAUCGUGAUGAGACGGUGAAGCCUCCUGUUUUAAACCCGGUGUUUGUGGUGACGGAUAUCGAGUCUUCGAGUGCGUUGUGGGGUAUUGAAGACGGUAAGGUGAUGCAACGGGCAAUUCAAAUACACGAUGAUACGCUCCGCUCAUUGCUGAAUCUAUACAGAGGGUAUGAGAUUACUACGGCUGGAGAUUCCUUUCAACUAGCCUUCCAUACAAUACGCGAAGCUGUUUCGUACUCUCUACAUGUCCAGCUUCAGUUGUUAGCUGCCGAUUGGCCUAAAGAGCUUCACGGUCUGGUACCAGCGACCAAGAAGCGACGAGCCGGACACCGCGUUAUUUUCCGUGGACUGCGUGUACGAAUGGGGAUCCACGAUGCUAUGGGUUCCGACGGACAUCUCCACCAUAGUCGUCAUGCUGUCACGGGUAAAACUGUGUACACCGGAGCGUCAGAGGUGAUUGCAAGCGAAGUGAGUGACGUUGGAGCUGGCGGACAGAUCCUCAUCACGCGGCGGAUUGCCGACUGGUUGAUGACCAACAAAGACGUCUUGCCAAUAGAUUACUCUGUCGAUUACCUUUGUGACUACAUGGUCCCACAGGUUAACAUGCACGUGGCAGUGUACGAAGUGUUGCCUGAAGGACUCGCUCGACGCAAGAAGAUAUUCGCACAAGACCAAAACAGCCGCAUCCCGCACGUCGCUAACCGAUCCGCCUCGGGCUCCACCAUACUGGAGAGCGGUCUGGAGACGCCCAUGGGCUCACCUACUUCGUGGUUCCAGACACCUCGGACUCCUUCCUCAAUGCCUUAG